GGCCCGGCCCGGAGGAAGGUGAGCUCCGGGGGCGGCGGAGUCGGGAGCGCGGAGCGGGGGGGACCCACCGAGCCCCCGUCGCCGCUGCAGGGCGGUAUGAGCGCGGCCAAGCCCAAGCGCAUCAAGUUCUCGGACGAGGAGAAAUUCCUCAUCCUGGAGGAGUUCAGCCUCCGCAAGGACAUCCUCAUCCCCAAGAGCGGCCGCUACCGCAACACGCAGGACCGGCAGCGCGCGUGGGAGGAGAUCGCGGCCGCCGUCAACGCGCUGAGCCCGGUGGUGCGGCGCACGGCCGAGGAGAUCCGCAAGAAGUGGCACAACAUGGUGCUGGACGCGCGCCGGGAGCUGGCCGCCGACAAGCACCCGCUGCUCCGCCAGCGGCCCCAGGAGCGGCUCUUCCAUCACAUCUUCGCCCUCUUCAACAAAGCCGGCCCUCCGCCCGCCCCGUCCUUCGGGCUGCCCGCGGCCGCCCCCGAGCUGCUGCCGCACGGCCCCCCUCCGGACCGCUUCCCCGGCCCCGAGGAGCGGCCGCUGCCCGGAGCGGAGAGCAGGCUGCGGCCGAACCCCGGACCGGCCGCCCCCCGGGCCGCCCCGCCGCAGGGCGCAGCUCCCGGACCUCCGCCUGGCAACCCCGAGCCGCCCCGCGUCAAGUGCCCGCCGAGCCCCGCGCUGGCGUGGCCGUGCCUCGAGGCCAUGGCGAGUCCCGCAUCGCUGGGAACGGGCAGCCCCGGGCCCCCGGAACCCCCGCACGAGAACGGUGGCACAGCGGCCUCCGAGGAGCUGUCAGUGAAGCAGAGGCGGCUGCACACCGAGAUCCUGGAGCUGCAGAAGGAGACCCUGCAACUGCAGAAGGAGAAGAUCGUGCUGGAAAAGGAGAAGCUCCUCCUGGAAAUCCUGAAGCUGCGCAGGGAGUUGGGCACGUGAGGGGCUGCGGGGUGAUGCCAGGAACCCCGUGCUGCUCUGCUGGGGAUAUGGAACAUUGUGGGGCGUGCCGAGUGCUCACACAAGGACUGCUGGGUGCUGCGGUGCAUGGGGCUGAAUAAAGUGAGCAGUGUGGGAUGUGGGCAUGGUGCUGUACGGCGGAGGUGGGGGCCCCAGGUGAAGCCACCAGAGGGUGGCUGGGGGGGACAAGCAGGCACUGGGGACAGCGAUGUGGGUGCCAUACGAUGAUAAAAUCGUUCAGGUUCGAGAAGACCUCUGUUAUCGUUGAAUCCAACCAUUGAUCCGUCGCCACCGUGCCCAAUAAACCAUGUCCUCAAGUGUCACACCUCCAUGGAUGGUGACACCACCACUUCCCA